CCCGCCCACACCCCCGCUGGCGCGCGCGGUGGUAGCGCCCGGGUGCUUUGGGCCUGCGUCCUGCUCGCGUGCCGGGAGAGCUGCCGGCCGCCCGCGUUGUGCUAUCGUCAUGGGGGAUUCCAGCCCAGAUGCCGCAGCCAGCAUGUCGGAGACGGCGGCUGAGGAGGUGUCACUGUUCAGCAUGACUGACAUGGUCCUCUUCUCCCUCAUCAUCGGCCUCCUCACCUACUGGUUCCUCUUCCGGAAGAAAAAGGAGGACAUCCCCGAGUUCACCAAAAUCCAGCCAGCGGCCCAGUCAUCUGUCAAAGACAGCAGCUUUGUGGAAAAGAUGAAGAAGACGGUGAGUUUUCCGCCCGUGCUCUCGCCUGCUGGUCUGGCCCUGGCGGUGGGAAGCCUGUGGGGGGCAGCUUGCCUCCGGGCAGCGGCUGGCAUUCUGCUCCACACACACUCCCAUCUGAACUCAGCUCCCAGGCUGCUCCGCGGCCAGCCUGCGGCUCACAGGGGGGCAUCGGACAUAGCCCCCGGCCUCACUGCCUCCCCCACCUCCAGCAUCCGCCAAUACGAGCUGGCAGUGCACACCGACGUGGACACUGCCAAGGUUUACACGGGCGAGAUGGGCCGUCUGAAGAGCUACGAAAACCAGAAGCCCCCCUACGAUGCCAAGAACCCGUUCCUGGCCGCAGUCACCACCAACCGGAAGCUGAACCAGGGCAGCGAACGCCACCUCAUGCACCUAGAACUGGACAUCUCCGACUCCAAGAUCAGGUAUGAAUCUGGGGACCAUGUUGCUGUGUAUCCCGCCAACGACUCCACACUGGUCAACCAGAUUGGCGAGAUCCUGGGGGCUGACCUGGACAUCGUCAUGUCCCUCAACAACCUCGAUGAGGAGUCCAACAAGAAGCACCCAUUCCCCUGCCCCACCUCCUACCGCACGGCGCUCACCUACUACCUGGACAUCACCAACCCGCCACGCACCAAUGUGCUGUACGAGCUAGCCCAGUACGCGGCCCAGCCCGCCGAGCAGGAGCAGCUGCGCAAGAUGGCCUCAUCCUCGGGCGAGGGCAAGGAGCUGUACCUGAGCUGGGUGGUGGAGGCCCGCCGCCACAUCCUGGCCAUCCUGCAGGACUACCCGUCGCUGCGGCCGCCCAUCGACCACCUGUGUGAGCUGCUGCCCCGCCUGCAGGCGCGAUACUACUCCAUCGCCUCGUCCUCCAAGGUGCACCCCAGCUCCGUGCACAUCUGCGCCGUGGCUGUGGAGUAUGAGACCAAGGCCGGCCGCCUCAACAAAGGCGUGGCCACCAGCUGGCUGCGCACCAAGGAGCCUGCCGGGGAGAACGGGUGCCGGGCGCUGGUGCCUAUGUUCGUGCGCAAGUCCCAGUUCCGCCUGCCCUUUAAGGCCACCACGCCCGUCAUCAUGGUGGGCCCCGGCACUGGGGUGGCCCCCUUCAUAGGCUUCAUCCAGGAGCGCGCCUGGCUGCAGCAGCAAGGCAAGGAGGUGGGCGAGACGCUGCUGUACUAUGGCUGCCGGCGUUCAGACGAGGACUAUCUGUACCGCGAGGAGCUGGAGCGCUUCCACCAGGAGGGCGCCCUCACCCAGCUCAACGUGGCCUUCUCACGGGAGCAGCCCCAGAAGGUCUACGUGCAGCACUUGCUCAAGAGGGACAAGGAACACCUGUGGAAACUGAUCCACGACCAGGGCGCCCACAUCUACGUCUGCGGGGAUGCUCGGAACAUGGCUAAGGACGUGCAGAACGCCUUCUACAACAUCGUGGAGGAGCUGGGCACCAUGGAGCACGCACAGGCUGUGGACUACGUCAAGAAGCUCAUGACAAAGGGCCGCUACUCCCUGGACGUGUGGAGCUAGACCACCCCGCAGCCCCGACCGCCCGCCCACCCAGUCAAUCUCCUCACUCCCUUCACCGGCCUCCUGGCUGGUGUCCGCUGGGUCUGGCAUCGGAGCAAGCCCAGUGACAGGACUGCUCCGGGCCCAGAGGAGCCCCCGGAACCUGCCCCGGGGACCGUGGCCGAGGGUGGCCGGGCCACGCAGCCUCACCGCAAGGGCUUUCUGCUCACCGGGCUGGGGCCUGGCCCCACCACGUGAUUUUCAAUGAGUGUAAAUAAUUUUAAAUAUCCCCCAGCCCUUGGAAUAAAGGUGUGUUUUCUGUA